AUGAUAAAAAAUCUUCAAAUUCCAAUUAUUAAAACCCCUGCAUACACUUUUAUCUUAUGAAAACAUACUUUAAAAAGAGGAAUUAGUCAGCUUUGUGUGACAAGAAAAAUCAAAAUCAUUGCAACUUCAACAAUUCAAAAGAAUUGGCGAAGAUUUUUGAAGCAAAAAGAAUAUAACCUCCUCAAGCUUUCCACAUCAGUAAUAAAAGACUAUUGGCUGCAUGUGAGGCCUGAAAGAAAAAAUUUCAAAAAGGCCCAGUUUUUAUCAAGAUUUUUAUAUAGAUAUGCAAAGAUCUCAUAUAGGAAAAAAACUAGGUCAGCUACCAUCAUUCAAAAAUGAUAUAAGAGAUUUAUAACAAUGAAAAAAUAUCAGCCAGCUAUUCAAGAAAAAUUGAGAGCAAAGAAGCAUAGAGAUAUGAUGAGGAAGCAGCAAACUUUAGUCCAAGAAAGAAAUAGAAAGAAACAAGCUGCAAGAAGAAUAGAACAGUAAAAUAUAUUUAGGGGGUGGCUUGAUUAUAUGAAUAAGAAAAGGAUGAGAGAUAUAAGGAAGUAUCUUUGGAGCCUUCCUUACGAAUGCAGAUUGCUAUACCUCAAAUUCAAGCAAGUAAAGCAAGACGCAGAUAUGCUUAAAGCGGACGUUGAGCAAAUGAUUGCAAAUAAGCAAGGAAGUAUUGCAUCAAAUGUCCCGGCCACGGAAUAA